UUCGACUCUGCAACUUAAUACUACUUCCGGGAAGCAUUUACUUUCGGUUGUGCAGUGUUUACAAAUUCCUGUCUUUUCACUUCUACGGGUUCCUCAGAGUCCUCGAGAAAAUGUCUCGUGGAUCAAGUGCAGGAUUCGACCGUCACAUUACCAUAUUUUCACCGGAGGGCAGAUUAUAUCAAGUCGAAUAUGCAUUUAAAGCCAUCAAUCAAGGGGGCCUAACAUCAGUUGCUGUUCGGGGUAAAGACUGUGCUGUUGUCAUCACGCAGAGAAAAGUCCCGGACAAGCUCCUCGAUUCCUCUACCGUCACCCACUUGUUCAGAAUAACGGAAAGCAUCGGCUGCGUCAUGUCAGGAAUGACAGCCGACAGCAGAUCCCAGGUGCAGAGGGCCCGUUACGAGGCAGCUAACUGGCAGUACAAGUAUGGCUACGAGAUCCCCGUGGACAUGCUGUGCAAGCGGAUCGCAGACAUCUCUCAAGUGUACACGCAGAACGCUGAGAUGAGGCCGCUGGGCUGCUGUAUGAUCGUCAUCGGUAUGGACGAGGAGCUGGGGCCUCAACUGUAUAAGUGCGACCCUGCAGGGUACUACUGUGGGUUUAAGGCCACCUCAGCCGGGGUGAAGCAGACGGAAGCCACCAGCUUCCUGGAGAAGAAAGUCAAGAAGAAACUGGACUGGACUUUCAAGGAAACAGUUGAGACGGCAAUAACGUGUCUGUCCACGGUGCUCUCAAUCGACUUCAAGCCCUCAGAGGUCGAGAUCGGCGUCAUUACGAAGGAUCAGCCCAAAUUCAGGAUUCUUACUGAGGCGGAGAUUGACACCCAUCUUGUAUCCCUGUCUGAGAGGGAUUGAAGAGGAACUGAUGUGCCCCAACAGUGGUGUUGCACUAAGCUCAACCCUGAGCAGAGAAGUGCUGUAACCCCCCUACCCCACCCCUGCCCUGCCCUGCCCCGACCCAGGAAGCACUACAACACAUGUUCAUCUGGCUGGUUUAGCAUGGAUCAGUCAGCAGCCCCCCCCUUCCCCCUUCCCCCUUUUUUGCUGUUUAUUUAGCUUUUUCAAUUUCUGGUUCAAUAAAUAAUGUUUUGG